ACUUAAGAUGUGUGAUGGGUAAAGCGAUAAGGAGAGGAAGAACAGGUGAGGAAUUCUAAUGGCAGCAAGAGUGAGCAUCUCUGCUUCUCAAGCCCCGAUUCCUUCGUUCCAGCGUCCAACCAACCCAUCUUCAUCCUCAUCUGCAUCUCUUCGUCCUCUCUCUGCCACUCCUCUUCACUCUCCAGAGCCAAUUCCAAAUAGGAGGAAGCUGGUUCUCCAGCGUUUCAAGAUUCAUGCCAAUAUAGGUGGUAAGAAAAAAAAAAAAAGUUUGCCCCUAAACAAACGAAGGGUAGCUUACGACUGAUUACUGAAUUUCUUUAAUGGAUUUGGGUGGAGGAGAAGGAGAUGUAAAGCAAGUUGGAGGGAGGAAGAAGAAGAAGUUCAUCACCAGAGAAGAAGAACCAGAACAGUAUUGGCAGACAGCAGGAGAAAGGGAAGGAGAGAACCCAAUGAAGACCCCUCUUCCUUAUAUCAUCAUCUUUGGCAUGUCUACCCCUUUUGUCAUCUUAGCCAUUGCCUUUGCUAAUGGUUGGAUCAAAGUCCCUGUCCGCUAAUUCACCAUCGUUACUACUUACUCUACCCACAUCCCACAUAGACAAAGCCCACAAAAACCUUCUCUACAUUCACCACCCUUUCCUCUGCUAUUUCAAAUCUCUAAGAAUACCAACCCAGAAAAAAGAAAAAAGAAAGGCUCUUCUCCUUUACCAUUCCAAGUUGGCCAGUUAUUUAUGGGGAUGCUAUCUUCCUUUAGAAAUCCUUUUUGUUGAGUUAUUAAAAGGACUACAUCAUCUUACAUAUGUAGAUUUUUCUUCGUAUCAGUACCCUUUAUAAUCAACAUUUUGGAUAGAUGAUUAUUAUCAAGUUCACUCCUCUAUCUUAGACUCUGCAUGUUUUUGUUGAGUUCAAAAUGUAGGAUCAAGAACAAAGGAAACACCUUUAUUGCCUUCAAA